AGGAUUCGAAGUAGGUCAGUUAGAAACGCAGAUGUUUUGACAAGAUAGAAAUCAGCUGUGUGUUGAACUGAAUUAGUACAUGCGUAAUUUGUUGAAUACUGAAUUUAGUGAAAGGAAAAUCGCAUAAAAUAAGGUGUGAACAAAAAAAUUUGAUGAAGUUGUUUUAGUAGUUUAGUACAAAGAAGCGAGAUAUAUUAGAAAUGAAUUCGACAUAUGGAGAUUGCUCAAAACCAAAGAAGUCUAAGACUUCAGAAGAAUUUGCCUUUGCUUCAUAUUGGGCACAUUUACCGUCUCUCAUCUUAUGUGACAUUUUUGAUUUGUUAAGCAAAGAGGAUAGGCGAAAUGCAUCUGCAGUGUGUAAGAAUUGGAGACAAAAUAGUUUCCAUCCCAAGUGGUUUCAUUCAGUAACCUUUAGGAUCGAACAACGUAAUUUAGAAAGAGCCAGAUUUCAAAUAUACACCUUUGGUAGCAUUGCGUCAGAAAUCAAGAUAAUAUUAAAUUCAUUGUCAUAUGAAUGUGUUGAAGAAUUUAUGCAUUUGUUAGAAGAAAUGCAAAAAAAUAAUAACUUGAAAAGUUUUAUUAUAGAACCAACACAUUGUCGACUUGAAGUGCCAGUAAAACAAAAUAGAUACAUUGAUGAAUACAAAGAAAUAUUGAAAUUAUUGAAGAAUUGUUUGUCGAAACUUAGAAAAUUCAGUAUCGGUUGCUUAGAGAAUUUUUCCUUACAACUUCAAGAAUUAUUGGAAUCGCUUAAUCCGUCUCUUGUAACCCAUCUAGGUUUAGCUAGUGUUAAAGAUAUUCCUUUGAAACAAGAAGGUGGUUGUUUUGAUUCUAAGCUAAUUACCCGUUUUACAAAACUAGUAAUUCUAAGUGUGGAUUACGAUCAAAUAUCCGACGAUUUUCUUUCAAAAUUGGAUGGUGCGACGGAAUUAGAACGAUUAGUAAUACACAUUCAUGCAGUCCGUAAAAAUCAUCCCAACACCACGAACAAAGCUUGGAUCGAUUUUAGCGACAAACAUCCAAAUUGUGAGCUCCGACUGGCAUUUAUACAUGCUUUUAGGGAUAUUAGAAACAUUCACGAAACUGUCAUGAGGUCUGCCAUGCCACUUUCUCACCUUAAAGUAUUCUUCUGCGAACAAAUAAAUAUGCAACUUAUAGAAGGUCUUACCCAAUACUCGGACACAUUACGUAGUGUAAUUUUGGUAGAUUCUUUGAGCGACAACCACAGCAGUUGGUCAUUGAUAAAACCAUGGUAUGACGAUAGUCCUGAUCCUUUCGUAUUGACAGCUUGGUUAUGCAAACGUCUGGAAGAAUUGGUAUUAUUCGGUUACAAAUAUUCGCAUGAAAAUUUAAUUGCUAUUGGUAGACUACGGGGUCACACAUUAAAAAGACUGGAUAUCGCAGAAGUAGAUGUGUGUAUUGAUGAUAAAAAAACGAGAGAACCUUUGAAUUUAAAUAUCCCACAUAGCAGAAUUAAACCAUGGAGACCUUUGAAACGGUCAGAACUACACCCAGUAGUGCGCAGUGCUACAGCAGGUGAUUCUGACGAAUAUCUAUUGCCGCUAGUCUUAGCAGACCUCAACUAGUUAAGGAGAACUUCAAACAUUCGUUUUGCUCCAGCAUCAAUUUAUAUUUAUUUUACAUUGUUUUGGUCUUCUAUUUAUAAAAAGAAUGCAUAGUAGUUCUCACAAUUACAGUGUAUUUAUGCGUUCGUAUUGAUUGGUUUAGUCAAAAGUUGAAUUUUUUAGUGAUUAUAUUUACAGACAAAUAUAAACUUAGAAUAUUGCUGUGAACGAUGUAAAGAUCUCGUUUAUGAUAUUAGAACAAAUUUUUAAUCCAGAACUGAUUCAAAUAAUGUUUGGGAACAAUUUACAUAAACUGAUAUAUCAUCGAGAAGGAGUUACAUAAAUUUAACUAACUGUUAUGCCUAAAGUUACCACUACCUUAAUUUGAUUACAGCUAUUUAUAGAUUUAUUAUGAUUUUCCUCUAGUUUACUUUUGGAUUGUUCCAACUUCUUUUUUACUAGGCUUCGCCUUUCUAUUUCAGAAUCUUGUUUCAUAAUAAUUUUUUGUCUUCUUAAUUAUCUUUAUUUUUUUAUGUCGGCCUAAUGUUCUUAUGGUUAUGUUGAUUACUAUGUUUACCAUCGAGACGUUUGAACUAAUUUUUCGUAAAUUUAAUAUCCGACCAAAAUACUUCUUCCAAUGAUAUUUUAGUUAAUUAUGAUGAAGAAAAUAUUCAAAUAUAUGUUACGGGUCAGAAGAUUUUGAAAAAUUGUUCUCAAACAUGUCAUAUAAGACUUUUUGAAUGUGUCGCUAAAAAAAUUAACUGCUUGACUGUUUCUUUUUGGACAAAACUGUCUGAACGAGUGAAUGAUUGUAUAGUAUUAAAUAAAAUUAUGUUAGCUUAAGCUCAAAGAGCUGAUAUAAAACAAUUUGCACAUUCCAACAAGAAUAUCCCAGAGUGCAAAGUCUGACAUGUUUCGUUAACAAAUGAAAAAUAGAGAUAAGAAUUUAAUGGUUUAAGGAUAUUGAUCGAAUCAAACCUUGCAGGUUUUAUGAUGUUGAAUUUGAUACAUUACAAAAAUGUAUAUAUGGUAGGGUUUAAGAGCACUAUUUUUUUAGGGGUGUACUAGAAGUAUCAUUGUAAGUUUUAUAGAUUUUUUUCAUUAUUUUUACCAAAUCAGACUGUAUGAGCUUCAAUUUUAUAUAAAUUAACAAUUUAGAGUAAUAAGCAAAUUCCAGAUAUCUUUUAUUAACUACUAUGACUUGUAAUUGUACCAACCAUGAUAUUAACCAAUUUGCCUUAUAAGUAUCAAAUUUAAUGUACUUUGCUUCAAACUAUCAGCUCUAAUUAUUAUUUUGAACUAACCUCCAGAACUAAAUUGGAAUUUCUGCACUUGUUAGUGGCAUACAUACUAUAAAGUCACAAUUACAUUGUUUGGUCCUUCGAGCCGGAUAUGUACCAAAAACCUAUGGAAACUUUGAAGUACCAGAGUGUAAAUAUUGGUAUAAUUGUAAUAAAAAUUGUGUUCAGUACUAACUUAGGAAAAUAGGUGCGACCCUAUCCAUUUCUUGUAUAAUGUAAUCUUCUAGAUUCGAUCAUGUUUCUGAAACCAGAAAAUAAAAACAAAACAUCUGUGAUAUUGAAAAAUAAAAACUUAACUGAAAAGCAAACGUAACAACGAUCGAUAUUUAUACAUUGAAGAUUGUUGCCUGUUUAACAACUUCAAACAAAAAGUUUCGAAGAUAAAUAAAAAAAUUGCUUUUCUUUUGACCAAAAGUUAGAUUAUAAUGCAGCUUAUUCUUAUGAUCCGUUUGUUGUGAUGAACAUUUUUCAUGAUGUUUGAUAUUGUUUAAAAAUGUGUAUGUGUUUAAUUUAUGUUAUUCGUGCAGUACUACAAAUAGAGUUCCUCAGAUAUUAUUCAUAUUCUAGAAAUAACGCAUUGUGUAAUAUGCAGAUCAAACAAAAUUUUAGGAGUAUUAAAAAGUAGGUAUUUUUGAUUAAUUUUGGCACAAAUAACUUAAUUCUUCCUAUAUUAUUAAUUGUUUAUAUAUAGUCCAUUAUAAAUAGCAAUUUUAAAAGUUUAUGAAAAGGACUUAUGUACAAUUUCUAAAAGGAGGUCUGGUAUUGUAUAUUGAAAGCUGGGGUAAAAAGUAGUCUAUUUUACUAGGAUAUUUUUUAACCUCUGUGUUUAAAAUACGUUUUAGUAGAAUUUUUGAGUUUUAGUUACUGUAAAGUUGCCGGAAGCUACUUGGUAUGUUAUUUUGAUCCUUUUCCUUAUUAUUUCAUCUAAUUUUUAUAUUUUAAAUUUAAAUAAUAUAUAGGAUAGUAAAGGAUUCGAAGUCUUUGUUAUAGAAUUUUUAAAAGUUUUGUGUCAAAAUGUUUAAGCAAAAAUAUAACUGAAGUUACUGCAAAUUCCACAUCUGCUCCCCUCUAACGUUUCCUACUACUCACUAGUUAACAUCAAAAGCUAUUAUAAAUAAUUCUCAAAUUAGGGAUUUCACAGUAUUAUGAUAAAAAAAUAUAAAUAAGAUUGUGUAUAUUGAAAUAUUGACCGAAGACCAAUAUGUUUCAAGUCAGGUUGAUAAAAAAUGAAGAAAAUGUUAUAUUGCUUCUUUAAUGGGAAAGAAGACAAGGCUUAAGGUCGUACUCGAAAGUUUUACAAAGGAACGCAGAUACAUAUUUUGCUUACAAAUUCAGAAAAUUUUGUUUACAUUAAAAGUAUGCUAACAUUUCUUAAUAAUUUAUUUUUCAAUGCUUAUCACCAAUUCUUUAAAGUAAUUUGAGAUGGAGAAUUUAAACAAAGUUGGAAUUUCUGGAAUCGUUAGUCACAUUCAUAUAUAAUUACACUAUGUAAUCCUUUGAGCUUUCUAUAAGUAUUUGGUUCACAUCCGGCUUGAAGGACCAGAUAGUGUAAAUAGUAUUAAAGUAGACAACAGUGUGUUCAAUAUGACUACUAGUAUUGGUGAAAUCAUGAUAAAUAAAAUGCAAUGAAAUUUGUUGUAUUUAAGUUGGCGACAAAGUAAUUUCGGUUUUGUGGUAUAAAAUAAAACAAAGAAAAGUUUUUGUUAAGUUAUAUAUACUUUCAACUUCAUAUUUCCGCGCUCAUAAAAUUACUGGUCCUUAUCAACAAAAAAAAUAAACCAGGUGCGAUUGAAAGUCAUCGUCAUUUGUGAAAGUUUCACCAUUCAAAGAAUUCUGCAAAUUUCGAAAUAAAUGGUAAUCAGAUUAUGCCGAUCAGAGGUAUAUGGAGGAUGUGGCCAGUCAAUCUCCAAUAGUGUCCCAUGAGUUACCAUUAUCAUGGUAGAACUCUAAACCUUUCUGAUUUGGUGAUUCUGACAGUUCUUUUUUUAUUGCUUCAUUAUUAAUUGUUGGCAGUAAACUUCAGAAUUGGUUGUUUGGUUCCUUGGAAGCAGCUCAAAAAACACAACACCUUUGUAAUCCCACCAAGCUGACAGCAACGCUCUCUAUCAGUAAAAUGCGAAAGUACUUAGUUGCCAACCUUAUAGUAUUGUAUCGAUAUUGUCCACUCAAGUGCUUUAACAUAUUCUGUAGCACCAAAAAAUCCUUCUUGACUUAAAAUCUUGAAAUGUGUACAUAACUUUGAAGAUACCAUGUAUUUAGUUAUCAAAGUAGUUCUGAAAAAAAUUAUAUGAAUGUUAACAGCAGUUUAUUUUUUUAAUUGUGUGUAAGUUUAUGUUUAUCAAAUUAUAAAAAUUAUAAAUGUCUGUAUAUCAUUAGAAUAGUUCAUAAUAAUUUUAGUUCAUAAAAUCUUCAGGACAAUACAACUUUAAAUUAACUGGAGAAGACGAAUGUGAUAAUUAAACGAAUUAAAAUUAUUAUUAACUAUAUUUUAUCUAGUAUUAAUAUCACGAUCAUAACUAAUGAAUAAAAUUUAUACGAAGAAUCCUUAAUAUCAAUAUUUCGUUUUCGUUUAAUUUUAGGUAUUCUUUGUAUAAAAUAAGUUCUGUUUUGUUCGUUUUAUAAAUCCAAAGUUUAUUGCUUUAAUGAACAUUGAAGGCUUUAAAAAAAUCAAAAAUAUUUUUUCUAUUUCUGACACGUAUUCAAAACGUCACUUGAACGAUAUGAAACCACUACAAAACUAAAAUACUUGCUUUCAUAUUAGUUAUGCUCUAUAUUUAAUCUUUUUAUACAAAUUAUAAACUAGUACAUUUUUUUUUGGUCGAAGGACAUUGUCCAUUUAGCCAUUAGCUACAAUAUAGAAGGUAUCACAAGUGAACCGAAUCUAACCAACCAUGCAUGUUGUCUGUAUCAAAUUGGAUGGAUUAAGAGUAUAUGUUUUACACUUAGGGGUCGUUCAGGGUGACUAACUUAAAAUAAACCACGGUUCAGAUAAGAACAGCUCUCUUAGGUUCAGUAACAGAAGAUCCGAAACAAGCUAGAUUAUAGUUUUAACUUGCACUCUCUAAUGAAUUUCAAUAGAAUAUUAGACAUUCACCUUAUUUAAUACCAGUAAUCUCAUUAAGUUAAAUGGAGGUAAAACAUGGAUUUUUAUUAGAUUCUCUAUGCCAAAAAAAACCUUGUAAAGGGGUGGAAUGAGAACCUUAUAAUCACCCCUCCUCCUCCAAAAGUUUAUAUUAUUUUAUUCAUCAGUAGACUUAAUCUUUAUGUAUCAUCAGCUAUAUUUAUUCUAAGUAGGUUAUGAAUUCUUUCUUUUUCGGUUUGCCCGCUCUAAAAAAGUUCUACAUGCUCCAGUCGUGUUAUUCCUUAUUCCCAAGUUUCCCUUUAUUAAUUAGUCUGACUCAUCUUCUAGUUUGUCACCUCCAAUAUUCCAAAUUUAUACUUUAAAAACUUGUUUCUGUUGUUUUACUUCUUUUGGAAAUCUUUUCAUAUGCGUCCUUAUUCGUUUUUGUUACUGAAUUAUAAUAUGUACAGAUAAUCAAUUGCAAAUCACUCAUACUCAUCAUCCUAUUUGACUACAAAGUAACUUUAGAUGGGUUAUUACCUACUUGUUUCUCAAUUUUUAAUAAUUUGAAAAAUUUAUUUUGAAAAUUGUUUCUUUAAAUUUAUUCAAAUUUAAAUUCCCAAGCUACUCACAAUUUUUAAAUUCAUUUUAAGGGUUGUAUCUCCUAUAUGAAAGAGUACCUCUAUCAACUGUAGAUUUUGGAUGACCUUAUACAUAUUAACUUUCAUUCUAUAUCUUCAAAUUUUCUCAAAAUAUUCUACUUCUCGUUUUGAUUUAGAAAAUUAAAACUGCCAAUUUAAUAUUUGGACAAUCCAAUUUCUUUUCAAAAUAACUUGUUAUCGUUUUGUAUCCAAUCAGGAAACAUAUUUUUGAAUAUUUCUUUAUUAUAAAUUAAUUAAUUUUCAUGAUAUUUUAUCAUUUUUUCUUCUUUUCCAAAUAUAUAAAACUACAGAGAAUUCAAUCAACUUCUAUUUUCAAGGUUAGUUUUCAUAAUAUUUUAUCGAUUCUUCUUUUUUUUCAAAUAUAUAAAACUACAGGGCUUUCAAUCAAUUUCUAUUUUUAAGGUUAGUUUUCAAACCAUUUCAACGAUUCUUCUUUGUUUUUCAAAUAUAUGAAUCUACAGAUAAUUCAAUCAACUUCUAUUUUUAAGGCUAGUUUUCAUAAUAUUUUACAGAUUUUUCAUCUUUUUCAAAUGUAUGAAACUACAGGGCACUCAAUCAACUCAUAUUUUGAAGCUUAGUUUUCAAACCAUUUUUUCGAUUCUUCUUUUACAAAUAUAUAAAACUACAGAGCAACUGAUGUAAUUACUGUACUUGUACUUCCAAUCACUUCAACUAUUUGUUAAUAAUUUUGAAUAUAUCAUCUAAACUUUCAAAUAUUUUGAAAAAAAUGUGGGAUUAUAUGAAUUCUAGUGGCGAAUAUGCUUGAAAUAAUUUUGUGUCUCAAUAGAAAAAAUCUGAAUCAAAUGGUGUGAGAAUCUUUACAACAUCAAGUACCUGAAUAACAAGUGAUUAUAGCAAAACUUAAUCUGCUAUUGUAAUUCAUAAACUAGUCCAAGAUAUUAGUAUUAUAACGAAAGAAUUAAAAGAAAUCUUCAUAUGUAUGAAAUGUGUGUGUCAAAAAUAAAUAUAAUACAUUCUUCGUACAAUAUAAACCUGUUAGUAUGAAUCUUGUCUCUUUCGAUAGAUAUUUUUUAACAAGAUUUAUAUAUACAAAUUUUCAGUAUCUACUUGGAACUUGUAGGUAUUUAGCCUUUUUAUACUCACUAUUACACUGUCUGGUUCUUCAUAUCCGGCUCGAAGGACCAGAUAAUGUAAUUGUGUUCUGUAGUGAGGUAGUUUUCGCAUAAUAUUGAUGUUCCAAAUAAUACCUAAAUGGAAAUUUGUACGAAGAACGACAUGAGAGAAUGUUGACAACAAUGUGUGUAACUCCAUCCACUUUCAAUAUAAAACUAUUCCAAAAAAUAUUAUAUAGUAAAAAUGGAGUUUUAAGAUAUGUCUGUGAUGAAAAAUAUACUCAUUGUUAACAGCGUACAUAUGUUUCAACACGCUGAAAAUUACAAUGUAGGUUUAAAAUUACAAAGAUCCAUUUUAUCCAAUUAUCAUAAGAUAGUAUCUGUUAGCCCAGUAUGAAUUGGUAGUACUUAUCACUAACACACUAACAAAUCCUCUUGGAAAUGGUAAUACAGUUUUAUAUCGUUAAUUAUAGUUUUCCAUCAUUGUUUUUUCUUUGCUAUAUUCUUAUGAAAUUUUGAUACUGUUAAAUCAUCUAAUUGAUUUAAAUUUGGAAUCUUUUUACUCCUCAAUUUUUUUGUUAAAUAAAUCAACUAACUGUCUAAUGGUACUAAAACAAUUUUAUUAAUAAACUUUGAAGGGAUCCCUUGUUUUUUCCUCACCUGCUCUGUUCAUUUCGUGUUGACACGAUCAAAAACCUUUUCAAAGUCCACAAACAUCACAUGCAGGUUCAUUCUGUAUUCAUAGAUUUUUUUAUUCGAAACUGAAUGGUACUAAAACAAUUUCUGCGCUUACAAGUCUAACAGGUAUUUAUCUUUUCUUUUUUCUAUGGAAUAUAAUUACAAAGUGACUGUUGCAAAUAGUUUUCUUUUCCGAAAAAGACAAUAAAAAAAGUGGAAAUAUAUCCAUGUUUUGUUAUAAAUUUUUGUCGAAAAUAAAGGAAUCAGGUCCAAAAGAAGUUUGGCAGCAUAUUAAUUUCAUAUGAGCUGAUUGUAUAUCUGGUUACUUUUAAAUAUAAAAUAUUUAUUUAAUAUUUGUGUUGUCUGUUAAACAUAUACCGGAUGGCCAUUACCAGAUACUGCCUUAAACAUUUUGAUAUAAAUAUUUAUUUUCACUUAUGAAUUGAUAUCAUUGAAUUAAUUUUACGUUUUUAUAAUGUUGAUGCAGUUUUCAUUAGGCCAUCCUGCAUUAUUUGUGUUGAUACCGUUUAGAAAUGUGCUUAAGUUUAAUAAUAUAGAUUUUUUCAACUUUUAAUGUCUUCUUUUCUGAAUAUAUCGAUCAAAAUUUAUGUUUGAAGACAGUGGCGGCGCUAGACCACGCGUGAACGUCGGCGAAAUUAGGUUCGUGAGCCCCUCUUUUUUUCCCAACAAAGAAAAUGUUAAACUACAUAAGCCGAAUUAUAAUUAAACUACUAUUUUAUGACUGUUCACAUUAUGAUAAAAAUUCCACAAAUAGAAAUUAAAAUAGACGAACUUUUCGGCUUUUGGUCACACUGAACUUUUUCAGGAUUCAUAGCUAAUUCUAGCCGCAAUUUCAGUUUCAAUUAAUAGAACUGCUAACGCAGAUAGUCUCUCUUGAUUCAUUGUGUUUCUCAAGUAGGUCUUAAUCAAUUUUAACUUCGAGAAGCUCCUCUCAGCGGAAGCUGUACUGACAUGAACUGUGAGCAUGAUUUUAAUUUGGAUAUAUUUCUUCCAAAUUAUUUUCUAAAAUGUACUGAAUGAGUCUAGUGAAUUUGUUUUUGAAAAUUUGAGUUCUUAAUAGUUUGAAAGGCUGUAUGUUGUUGUUUGUAUCCUUCCCGAAUAUAGUAUUGUACCUAAAUCAUUACAAUACUUGAGAAAGUCUUCUUUUGAUAUACAGUUUAAAUAACUGAUAUAAAUGAAACGAAAUGAUUAAAAAGAUUCAUUGCGUGCUUUGAAUCAACAUUCAGUGUGUUAACUAUGUACUGCAUAUCACAAGAUUGAAUAGGUUCAUCAAUAUGUUCAUAAUCGAACAUUCGUGUUUUCCUAGUUGUGCUUUUUUCUUUAAAUUAAGACUCAAUUUCGAUAAUACUUUUCUCUACAAAUAAUCGAGCUUGUGCAACACCAUUGGCAAAUCCUGUAUUACGGAAUUCUUGAAUCCAGUAGCAAAAUGACGAUAAUCAACUCAGAGACUGAAGAUAGUUUACCUUUAGUCUCUGAAGACGAUAACUUGGUUAUCGAAACUAGACUGCGGUGGCCGACGCCUAGCGCCGCCACUGUUUGAAGAGUCGAUUAAAACUUUUGUUAUUGUAUCAUAAGGAAACCAAUGAAGAUAUAGUAAAUGAGGAAGUACUGAUCAAAAGUUUUGUCGCUGUUGUGGAGAACUAUGGAUUUUAAAGAUUCUGGUGCCAAAAAAAACUGAUAGUUCUUGUCUUAUACUUGAAUCUCAUCAGGAUUAUCGGAUUGUCCAAAAUUAAAUUAUUCAAAAUCUAGUAAAAGAUAAUUAUAUGGAAUGUUUUACAUAAUACUCAGAGAUAUUUAAUUACUGGAUUAUGUUUUCAAAAAAUUGACCGAACCGAAGAGUAUUCAUUGAUUAUCUCGUCUUUAGGAAACGGUUAUUUUCCAGUGUAUUGAAAAUGUGUAAAAUUUUUAUCCACUAUAGCAUUAUAUUAGUUCUAUCCACCAUACAAGAUACCACUUCAAUUCAACCACUAGCGGAACAUUGAAAAAUCUAGAAUUGAUGACAUUUUACUUAUUUAUUAUUAACAUUCUUUGUUCUAUCACUUCGUUUCCAUUAAUAAAUGAAUGUAAAAAAGGUUUAGUACCAGACGAACCUAGGUUUUAUCUUGUUAGCUGAUUAGAUAUACCAUUAUUACCAUACAGUGGAACUUCUCUAUCCAGCUUGUCAUUUAAGGAGGUGGCAGAUGUACAGAUUUGCCACCUCUACUGACUUCUGAAAUUCGAUACUUUAGUUCAUAACUAAAGAUAUCAUUUAGUAUACUGCGUAUGGCUUUAUAUUCAAAUUUUAUGUAAUUAGUUUUAUUUCUGUAAAAAUUUCAAAUCUUUUCUCCGUGUGAACAAUAAAAAAUUUGCCUACAGGCUACUCAGCCUGCUCCUAAAUUCAUCACUGGUGACAGUGUAAAAAAUACAUCAUGUUUUGUUAAAAAAUUUUGCAAUUCUGUUUUUAAUUAACGUGAAUAUAACUUGGGUUUUGAUACAUUUUAUUCAUUUAAAAAAAUUAAUUGAGAAUAAAAUGAUAUUUAAAACACUUAUACUGUGUAAGUAGCUUAUUUUCUUAUUUUAAGGGGUAUUUUGACGCGAUUGCUAAUCCAAGCUUAUUUUUCUAUAUGCAGAUUACUCUUUUUACUCAUGAACCGCCCCUUAAAUUAUCAUAAUUAAUUCAAUAGUUGCUUUCCAAUUACAUAAUUUGAGCACCAAAUCGAGCACAUGUGCGCACCCAUGUUCCAAAUUGUCGUUUUUAAGAUGUGUGCGUCGAGCAUAGUUGCGUUUUCCCCUUGUCCCUAAAACACCAGAUAAAUGUUUGAGCCCUACGAGCUUUAAAAUUGUGCUUUAAUCCCAAAUUUUACAAUUGAUGGGCAUACAUUACAAAUUCAUUUCGGUUUAUUAAGAUUUACAUUUGUGUUUGUUUAGAACAAAAUUUUCUCAUAUUGGCUUCAGAGGCAAAUUGGAAAUAUGAAUUAUUUCUUAAUUUAGAAGACUAGAAGACAAUUAAUCAUGUAUUUCGGAUACAGAAAGAAAUAAACAAAUAAUUUGUGACUUAUUUUCAAAUUUGACACUUGACACAAGUGAGGGUGUGUUCCAAUUGAUUCUUGUGUGCUAAGCUCAUAAGCGCCGAGCCCAUGGAUAUCGUGCACAAAGUGCUAAAUAAAUUGGAAAGCAACUAAUUGUCUAAAAAAUUGUAGUAGCAGUGGCGUAGUAAAUAUUCGUUUCCUUUCAUCAAAUAUUUUAAUUAUUAGUUUACAGUAUUUUCUGCAACUAUCAUUUGAUGAAAACUAGUUUUUAUUUUUUUUUUUGUUAAUAAGUAGUAUUUAAUUAAUAAUUAUCAUUUAUUAUAAAAAAAUAGAUUAAUGUAAAACCUUUCUUUGUUUAUGUAUAAAUUUUUUAUCAUAAAUUUUAUUUGGAGGGCUGAUUCUGUUCAGGCGGAUGGGAAGUUAAUGUUCCAAAAUUAAAUUUGACAUUUUCUUUACUACCCUCUACCAUCGUAGUGGAUUACCAACUACUGUAUCUUUUUAUACGGUGAGAUUACUACCUCAAUCCACCAAUAAGGCUGCAGAUCUAUGAAAACAUGUCCAGUAUAUAAAUUGAGAUCUGGCAAAUUGUUUGUCCAUGUUUCCAAAUUUCUUUAUUCUAUUGGCUUGAAAAUCAGUAUCGUAAUUAAGUUCAUACACAAAAAAUACUCGAUUCAAGUAUCUAAUGUACAUUGUACAAUAAAUUGAACGUCCAUAUAAAUUGCAAGUGUGCUUAAUUUUGUUAAAUCCACUAAAAGUACUUAAGCUGCUUCGAAAUUAUCGCAUAUUCUUCACUACUCUUUAGAAAUACUCUUUUCACUAACAUUAAACAAUUAAAAUUGAACAGUUAGUCGAUAUUGGCUCUAUUUCGAUCCCAUUCAACCAAAUGGGUCUCAAAUGUUUAUUGCCUUCCCAUGGCGUUGAAAGUAAAAUGAACAAUAUAAAAAUUCGUCGACUGUUAUUAACUAAAAUACGCGAAUACUAAUUUAAUUAAGGUACGAACUCGUGCAGUUCAAACAACAAAUUUGGUCACGUGACGAGCUUGAUCGCUUGAAGAAAAACGAGUUAAAACUCCACAAUCGAUAUAUAUCCAUAAUAUAAACAAGUUAUGUGAGGUUAAGUUAUUUAUUGUUCAGACCUAUAAUUGCAAUUAAGAAUUACUGAGUUAUUAUUUGGUAGAAGUAGUUAGUAAAUAACUACUGAACUUUAUAUUAAUAUAAUAUGUUUUUGAGGGUAAAAGAUAUAUUAUCAAAUCAUGUUAAUUCAGUUAACUUGUGUUACUGUUUAUCGGAGAUAUUAGGAAUGUAGUAUCGGUAUCGAUUUAUCGAUAUUUAUAUUUUUAAAACUGUACUGUUUGUCGCCUCGAUGUCCGUUGCUGUUACUACAAUUUGUUGCAGUAACCUAUUUGAUUACUCGAAAUAAAGGGCUGCAUGGGAACGUACCAUUAGAAGUUACUAUACAUACAUACAUUUUUUUAUUAAGAAUCGAUUGGAUUAUGAAAUUACGUCGCUUUGUCAAUAUUAAUAUUAAUAACCGUUUUAAUAUUACGUUUUAUGGAUAUUUGUAUAUAGUAGUUGUUAAAGAUUUGAAAACAAUAUCAGUUAGAAAUGGAGUUUAUUUUCUAAAUUUAUCAACAACUCUUAAUGCAAAAUAGAAAAGUUCUGGAAACAAAAAUUUUCAAAAGUGCUUUAAUAGAUAAUUUCUGUUUAUAAUGAAACUGAGUAAGUUUGGAAUGACAAUUCAGAAAAAUAUCAUAGGACUUUUAACUUGAAUGGAAUUUCUGGUAGCGUUUUUGGCAUUCAUACUGCACACACUGUUUAAGCGGGGAUCGUACUAGUCAAUCUCGCUAAAGUAGCCCGAUUAAUUAAUAACGAAAAUAAAUUCGUUCAUAUGCUUCAUGUUUGCUGAACAUAUCAAGCAGCCAUUUCAGUUUCAAUACUUUCAUGCCACAAAAUGAAAACCGUUGCUCAUUUCAUUUUUGUAGUUUGUAUUAUCUUUUUGAUUUUGUUUUUUAAAUCAGUAGCGUCAUCCUCGGUAUUUCCAUAUAAUUGCAAAGUUGAAAUAGCUAUUGUCUCGUUUAAACUUAUUGCUAACAUUCCAUAGACACUAUUAUUUUUCUAUAAUUAUUGUCUAAAAAUACCUGUAUGAGUUCAUUUCGCCAACGAAAAACCAUUUUGAACUGAAUAAACAAAACUAAAAUAGGGCAUCAGUUUGGAUUCAUUUGAACAAUAAUAGACUCUGCUUUUACUGAACGUAUCAAACUGAUGAUCAUUUUUAAUGAACAGGUUUUCUCUCACAUUCAUUAUUCAUUCAGAAUCACCGAAUCAGUCAGACUGAUUCAGCGAGGCUGACUAGUGAGAACCCCACUUCACAUUAUACUAACCAACAUAGUACUACAGUCGACCAGUGGUUAUCUGAAAAAUGUUUUGCAAGACUAUAUAGGAUUAUCACAUUGAUAGAAAUAUAGAGUAGGUGCUGUAAAAGCCCUCUGUAGACCGGAAUAUACUGGAAAAACUGGUCUAGUAAUAUGAAAAACAUGUACAAGUGUACCUUUAUGUUAUAAACAUGUUGUAUUAUCUUGAAUUGACUGUAUUACACUUUUUGACAUCUAUUUUGAUAGCCAAGUUAUCAUAAGUGGCAGUAAUCGGUGUGUUCAUAUUAAAAUGAAUCAUGCAGUUCAAAAACAGCACCAAAUUUAUUAUUCUAGCUAACAUCUUGUUAAAAAUGAACAUUUUGUAUAUAUUUUUUAAUUUUAUCACUGAUAUUGUAUUCAAAAUCUUUAAUAUUACCAGAAAGUACAGUUUUGAACACAUUUCAUUCAAUUGUUAAAAAAUUUCUUGUCUGGUCAAUUACUGACAAUCAAAUAAUUUGUUUUUUUUAAUGAGUCUAAAAAUAGGGAUUCUACAUAAUUAUAAUAUAAUAUUGAUUUUUUUAAUAAUAAACAAAAUUUAGUUAAUAGAAGAGAUACCUCCGAUAGAUUCUUAAAUAAAAAACAAAAAUAUACAAAAAAGAUUUUAUUACCGAAUGUAAUAUAUAAUAAUAAUUAUUUCUCCACAUAAUCUGUGAACAAGUUUUCCAAUGAAUACAAGGGAGUGAUAACAGUUUCAUUCAGCUCCAUGUCAGUUUAAAAGCGCUGCCCCCCAGCCACUCAAGCUCAAGGACAAGAUGGAUUAUUCUGUACUAGAUUGGAAUGAUAUGGUUGGUAUUCAAAAAUAUCCCAUCAAAAUGUGCCGAAGGAGACGUUGUUUCACAAAUUUUGGUUAGCUCUGUGUAAACAUCGCUUUUUCACAAAACAAAUCUGAAUAAACGCCAAAAGUAACAUACCUUUUUAUUUCCAAAAGCCAGUUGUUUAUCAUUCAUUUAAAUUUCUUGAGUCUCUUUGGAUAAUGUGUCAUAUUGGAAUCAUGUUUCAUCACAAUGGAUUUGAAAGAGAACGAGCGCAACUGUUCAGUAACGAUGGAUAACGGUGAACAUCUGAAAAUUUCAUCAAUAAUUCACUUACGAUAAACCGAUUUUCCUUGCUUGGAUAACUCGUUUCUAACAACUAACUUGUGUCCUUGAUGAACAAACAUGCUUAUGUUACUGCAAAUCAAUUCUAUAUGGACAGUUUCUAUAAGUGGAAGCUGUUCCGACUAAGGAAGACAGAAUGGCAAUGAUUUCUCUAUCCUCCGAGGUUCCAGCUCGGUUCUGGCGCAUGCUUGAGAAUGCGCAUUAUAUAUAAAGUGUCUCGAACGAGAUAGAAAAUGCAUAUUUCAGUAACUAUGGAAGGUGGAGGUAAGGAGCACCAUCUCAUAUGGGGGCUUAGCUUAAAAACUGUCCGCUUGUAGACGGUAAAUUAUAAAUUAAAAUUUAACAUAUGAACUUAGUUAUUUUAGAUAGAGUGAAGUAUUCAGUGUUAGAAAAUUCAAUAUUUCAAAUGACUAGAUAAUUAAAUAUUGGUAUACAAUAUCUAAACUAUUCACGUAGUCCAAAAUAAUUUUGUAAAUAUAACCUAGAAAUCAUACUGUGAGAUAAUGCCGAAUGUUAAUUAAUUAUUGUGAAUUUGUAAGAAUUUUUCAAGUAAUUAUAAAGUCAAUUGCUACAAAACUUUACUACGCAAUAGAAUCAUCAAAUUUGCUCAGUGAAAAGUUGUCCGAGUGGAAGUAAAAUGAAAAGUAACUCAAGUAGUACGCCGAAGUCAUUAUCGUUCUUUAAAAUCGUGCUAUAGUUUGACCUCACUAACGUAAAGAAUUUGAUGGAUACUUUCUAUAGCACAGAGAUGGUUCUCAUUAUCUCUACCCUCCAUAGCAGUAAUGUAGGGACGUUUGUUUACAUAUGUGUGUGAUAGAGCGUGUUGAGGGGGAGAUGCGCAGUCGCAAACUACGUAUCAACAAUUUGCCGCAUUCAUGCUCAUCAUACUGGUCCAUCGGAUAUUGAAAGGGAAAUGCUUGGAAUUUCAUUUAGAAUCUUUUUUGAAUAUUUUGUUUUGUUGAAGGUUUCCUGUACUUUCUUUGAUGUAGUAUUAUUAUUAAAGUGAAAUUUUCAAUUUUAUCACUCAAAAAAUAGUAUUUUAAUACUUCACAAACAUAUUUUGAAUCACAAAUUGUAUAUUUUAGAAUUGAUUACACAAUUAGAUAAGAUCGAUAGCAAUCCUUAAUUGUUAUUAUUAAACUUGAAAUUUAUUUCCAAUUAUUGUUUUUUUUUCUUCUAAAAACUUCAGACAGUCACUAAGUUUUCACUAAAUCAAAAAACUAUUUUGUAAUCGCAAACACAUCUAAAUAAUAGACUUUCGUGUUAAAGUUUUCAGAGGCGUAGCGUAGAAUAAUCAGACAUGGGUGAAAGUGGCAUCAACGCGUUUUUAGCUAGUCACUACUAACAAAUCUCUUUUAUUUUUCGGCCGUAAAAGUAAUCAUAUGGUAGAGUCUAAAUGGGUCUUGCGUGGGCUCACACCUAUCUACGCCAUUUUAAAUUCCUUAUGUCUCAUACUUCUUGUAGUAAUUAAUUUGCUAAAAUUAUAAUUGGACCAAAAAGUUUUUGUUUGCUGAAACUUUAGUAAACAAUUGCAGCUUGUUUUUUGAAAACCACCUGUUUAAAAAUUUCCAUGUUAUAAUUGUUGAUAUAUUCAAUUCACAUUUUUAGAUAAACUAGCAAUUGAACAUGUAUAAUUAAAUAAUCGAUGUUUGUAAUGUUGAAAAAAAAUUUGUUAUUAUUGAUGGAAACGAAAUUUUGUUAAUUUAAAUAAAAUUUUAGAGCACCCAAAAUAGAUUUUUAUUGCUCUCCGUACCUAUCAAAGAGAUGAGCGUUUGUGAAUAAUUUUUAGGUUAAUGUCACAUUUGACCUUAGAUUAGGGAACGGACUCUUUUUACUAGUCCAGUGUUUACUGGGAAUCACUACAUAUUAUAAAACAAAAGAUUGGUUAGCGGGUCAAUUUCGAAUAUAUCCCGAAUCCUUUGGUAACCAAUUUAGGAUCACUGUAAUGCACGUGCUUCAUUACGAACCCAUUCAUGAAGUUGAGGUUUGUCCUUGGUAGCUGCGAUGGCAGAACUAGUUCGAGAAGUGUACACUAAAGCGUUCUUUGUAGCAGAACCAGCGCUAGUGUCGCUG